CCUGCCUCCCUCCCUCCCUCCCUCCUGUCUAUAUAUAUAUAUGCACCCACCCCUUCCCAUUCCAACUCAAAACCACACAGAUCAACGCUUCCAUCGAAGCUUUCGCUUUUCAGUAAUUAACUUCUGCAGUACGCUUACGUAAUGGCUAUCGGUAUCUCCAAGCCUCUGAUUGCUUCGCUUCUUGUUUCCCUUCUUAUCGUCUACCUCGCAGAAUCUACUGAAAUGAUGAACGGCGGCGGCAGCCGCGUUGGCCGUUCUCUCCUCCAGCAAAUAGAUUGCGGCGCGGCGUGCGAGGCCAGGUGCAGGCUGGCGUCGAGGCACAAGAUAUGCAUGAGGGCGUGCGGGACUUGCUGUGAACGCUGCAACUGUGUGCCGCCCGGCACCUCCGGCAACAAAGAGACGUGCCCCUGCUACGCCAACAUGACCACCCACGGUGGCAAGCCCAAGUGCCCCUGAUCUUCUAAUACCCAUCUUCCGUGGCGGUUUCCGCCGGACUCCGAUAGGAUUGCUCAGAGUCUUGAGCAAGUAUGCUGUAUAACGUAUGUAUAGAAUAUACAUAAAUAAAGGUCCUUCGACGUUAUGGUUGGGAAGAACGUAAAAUAA